AUGUUCGUGUCACCGUCGCUCCAGUCGAAAACGUCGGGCGACGAGGGACUCUACGCCGCCAUCGAGGCCGCGCGCCUGGCUCGUGCACUGCGCGGUGCGACCGUCCGCCUGCACGUGCGAGGCAUUCCGCCCAUCAACCCCAACAGCAUUCCACUUGCCGCCCCGCCGAAGAAGUGGGAGGCGCCUUCGUUGAGUGAGCGCGCAGAACGCGAGCUGCUUGCGGCCAUCAGCAGUGGUGACGCGGCAGUGUCACGGUACGCGCAGCAGGUACCCGUCGCCAUUCCAGACGAGGCGGAGCUGGAGGUGCUGCGCCCAGUUUUGCCAUUCAUUCAUCGCGUGAAGCCACAUCCCGUGAUGAGCUAUGACGACGUGAGUCGACUCGGGCGUCUGAUGACUCUGUACAAUGCGGAUAUCACGUGCCUCGAUCUCGGCGAUGGCGCUGUUAUGCCACAGUUACGCACUGAGGCAUCACCCGCGACGGUGAUGGCGCGGCUGGAGGAGCUGAAGUUGCGCUUCCCUCUUCCCACACCAAAGCCGAAGAAGAAAACCAGCGACGACAGUGACGGAGAAGAGGAUGAGGAGGUGGAGGAUGAAGUCGAUCUCUCCACCAAUGAGGAGCUCAAGGCGUGGUGCCAGAGUCAGCAGGUGGAGUACACCGACUAUAAUGAUGCGAUCCGUCUCCGCGCCGCAUAUGAGUUGGACGCGUUCCGCAACAUAUGUCAGCUGCUUAUGCAGGACAAGAAAGUUCGUGUGUUGCUGCUCGACCAUAACCAGCUGGGGGCACCCAAUGAGGAGGAGCACGUAUCGCUCAUCCCGCUCCGCCUUCUUGCGAAGGCUAUUGACGUGAACGAAACGAUCAAAAUACUAGACCUCAGCAGCAAUGCAUUAGGGGCCCACGGAUUUGGGGUUGUUGGCAAAGCUCUCACAAAGAACAUCGCCAUCGUUGCAUUGGACCUCUCAGAUAAUCAACUGAACAUGCCAACACCAGAGCUCGAUGAGGACCCUGACUACCAGGGAGAGGACCCUGUCUUUGGCGAGGCGUACAGUGGACUGGAGGCGAUCAGCGAGGUUCUUAAGAAGAAUAAGUUUCUGCGGUACCUACGCCUUGGUUACAACCAGAUCCACAGUGGCGCAGAGGGGGAAGAGCCGCCUGUGAUUAAUCCAGCCACUAUGGACCCCGAGCGCGACUCCGCGACUCCGGAUGUGGAAAGCUGGCAGGAUCUGCCGCUCUGGCGACUCGUCAGCCCGCUACGCGAGUAUCACCGGCUACGAGGACUCGACCUCACCGGCAACGCGCUUGGACCAGAAGGUGCCCGCAUGGUUGCCACAGCCCUUGCUGACAAUCAUUCGGUUGAGGUGCUGGACCUCACGGGGAAUGACAUCGGAUUCCGUGGAUUGCACUACAUAGCAAAGCUCGUAUUGGGGUCGCCGCACAGCGUCCUCCAUACACUUAUCCUGCGGCGUAACGAACUUGCGGGGAAGAAGACGAGUAAAUCGCAACAAAAGAUGGCUUUGGCCGCUAUGGGGGCAAUGUCAGUGGCGUUAGAGGGAAACACCAGGCUGCGCCGCUUGUCACUCGCUGGAAACUAUCUUGGUCCCACACUGUGUUCUGCUAUGCUGUGCACUAUCGGUACCGCCUCGGCACUUGAGGAAUUGGACCUUGAAAGUAACGACGCCUGUGGGAGUGUAGCGGAACCACACGAUCCUACGGCGUUGCACUUCAUUGCUGCAGCGCUGUACGGCACUGCGCUUCGUGGACGCCGUCCAUCAUUGCAGGUUUUGCGACUCAGUGGAAACAACAUUCAGGAGGCCGGAAUGCGUGUCUUGUUUCCUUCUCCAGCCACAAUGCCAACAUCCCUUCGAGAGGUCGAUCUUAGCCGUAAUAAUAUCUGCAACGGCCUUGAGGCAGUGAAUCAUCUCUUGGUUAGUUCACCGGUACUGCAUCGGCUUGUGCUGGCGUAUAACGGCAUCACAGCAGCCCCUGUGUUACUCCGCGGUAUUGCUGCCAAUGAGAACUUGUUUGAACUGGAUCUCUCCUACAACAGACUUGGCUCCCUGAAGAAACAGUAUUGUAGUGAUCCACAGGCCCAAGUGACUGGUGUGGCGGAUUUGAUUCAGGUGAUCGCUAAGCACCCAUCGCUUCAAAACAUCAAUCUCAGCCACAAUGAAUUCGAAGCAGUGCACGGCCCCCUCCUUGUGGAACUGUGCAAUGGUAACAAUCCUCACAGGCCCUUGCGUCGUCUCGACUUGAGUGGAAACCCGGAAAUAAAUCAACAGGACAUUGAAAAGAUGGUGCAGGCGCUCGGAACAAAACCGGGUAUCGAGGCCUUUUAUAUCUCUACCCCGUAUCCGGCAGUCGCCGAAAAAUGCAUGAACCUGCGUCCGAUUGUGCGGAAUGCCGCGGUAGAAUCAGUGGAACGACGCGAACACCAGACUACACUCUUGAAACUGCUGCAGGAGACUGUCUUUCGGAGCCCUUCCUUGCUUGACAUCAACUGCGAUCUGCAGAAGUGCUUUCUGCUAGAUGAGGGAAUGUGCACGGUUGAGGGCGAGUCGAUUGGCGAGAUACGGCAACGUUUGUUGUUAAACGCCCUUCUGGCGCCGAGCCGAGAGUAG